AUGAAGUCUUUUGCGAGAGAGGAUGUUAAUUCUGCAUUGCAGAAAUAUAAACUAGUGUUUCUUGGUGAACAAAGCGUAGGAAAGACGUCUUUGAUAACAAGAUUCAUGUACGACAGUUUCGAUACAACCUAUCAAGCCACUGUCGGAAUAGACUUCCUUUCAAAAACAGUAUAUCUGAAAGACAGGACGGUAAGGCUACAAUUAUGGGACACUGCUGGUCAAGAACGUUUCAGAUCUCUAAUACCCUCCUACAUCAGAGAUUCUUCUGUUGCUGUGGUUGUCUACGAUAUAACCAAUUUCAAAUCGUUUGAACAAACAGAACGAUGGAUUGAAGAAGUAAGGAAAGAACGGGGCACUAAUGUUAUAAUAAUCUUAGUUGGUAAUAAAGUUGAUUUAGAAGAUAUCAGACAAGUUUCUGUGGAAGUAGCUGAGAGAAAGUCGAAAGAAUUAAAUACUUUGUUCAUCGAAACUAGUGCUAAGGUUGGGUAUAAUAUAAAGCAGUUGUUUAGGAGGAUCGGUGAUGCUUUGCCAGACUUGGACAGUGCUUUGAAUGAGGGAGAAGCUUUGAAGGAAGUUUGUUUGGACAAGAUCGACAAGGGAGAAGAUUCAGAGAAGACUUAUUGCUUAUGUUAG